AUGUAUAAUGAAGACAACUCCUCAAAUACUAAUAAUAGUCAAUCUAUGAAAUGGGAUGUAAGCUUUACUCAUGAUCAAGUCAAUAUAAGUUCGUUCAACACUUAUAAUAAUUCAUCUAUAGAAUGGUCUGCUGGAUUUACUCAAGGUCAUGAGGAUAAUAGUAAUCUAUCUACAGAAUUGUCUAUAGACCUUACCCAAGAUCAAACUAAUAUAAGUUUACCAAACUUAUAUAAUAAUCCGCCCAUAGAAUGGUCAAAAAAAUUUAAUCAAGACCAAACUAAUAAUAAUGAUCUAACUACAGAAUUAUCUAUAGAUUUUACCCAAUAUCAAACUAAUAUAAGUUUGCCAGACACUUAUAAUAAUUCAUCCAUAGAACGAUCCACAGACUUUAGUCAAAAUCAAUUUAAUAAUAAUCUUUUUACAGAAUGGACUACAGAUACUAUAGAUUUUACUAAUAAUUUACCAUUUAUGGAAUGUGGUGCAAGCUUUACGCCAUAUCAAAUUAGUACAAAUUUGCUAAAUAUUUUCAACAAUUCGAUUAUAGAAUUACCCGUAAGCAUUGCUCAAAAUAAUGAGGAUCAAAUUAAUUACAAUCUAUCUAUAGAACAGGCCGCAUGCUUUACACAAGAUCAAACUAAUACAAAUUCGCUAAAUAUUCAUAAUUCAGAAGUUACUCAAUGUCAUGAAAAUAAUACUUUACAACAAUAUAAUACAAAAUCAGUAAAAGAAAAUAAGCGUCUAGUUUCACUUGUCUCUAGGCAUAAAAAAAAUCGUCAAAAAAAUCCAAGAUGCAAAAAAUGUAAUCACCGAAAAUCUCACUAUGAUGAAAAUUCUAACCAAUGUAAAGAUUGUUAUCGGGCCUCAUUACGGAUCUUGAGUGGUAAUAAAUUAAUUGACGAUUUUAUUGAAUCAACGCAAACUUUUUGUGCCUGGACAAAUAAAGUAAAAUUAGAAUUUAUUCCGUAUAACCAAUUUAUUAAUAUUGAAUAUCUUGCUAAAGGAGGCUUUAGUAAAAUAUAUAAAGCAACAUGGGCUGAUGGGCCUAUUGCUCGUUGGAAUCCUAAAAAGCAAAAAUAUGACCGAAAAAGAAAUUUUGAUGUUGCUCUUAAAAUUCUUAAUAAUUCUAAUAAAAUGAAUUCUGAUUAUUUAAAUGAGGUUUAUAUUCUUAAUGGUCUUCGCCCAAAAAUUCCAAUUGACAUUCCACACGAAUUAGUUAAUUUAAUGGAAAGUUGCUGGCAUCCAGAUCCGGAUAAAAGAAUUAAACUCGAUAAAUUGUGGGGAUUGAAGAAACUUCAUGAAAUUAUUUAUAGUGGAGAAAUAAAAAAAUUUCCAGAAAAUAAAAGUGCAAUUAUUUUGCCAACUAAAAUGAACGAACAAGGAAUUUAUUCUAGUCGACCAUUAACACCGUUAAUCAGUAAAGCAUUGACUUUACAAAGUAUGAAACUAAAUAGCAACGCAAUUACUGACAUUCCAACGGCAAUAAUGCAACAACUAAACAGUAACCAAACUGAUGAUGAUUCUAAAGUGAUUGAAUUUGAUAUAAACAAACCAUAA